AUACACUAAUAUGAUAAAUUGAUUAUGAAACUAUAUAAUAGAAAAGAAAUUUAACAAUCGAUUUAUCUAUGAAAUUUCUUAUGGAAAAUUACAACAACGAAAUACCCUCUUCUCUUAUCGUAUAGUAAUUCUUCAUUCGUUAAUAGCGAUGAGCAAGAAAGUCGUAUCGCUUCGGGGUGUGUUCGCGUACGGGCCUCGCGAUGAAACUAUGAAAUUACAUGAACGUACUACGUUCCCACGUACGAAUCGUGAGAAUAAUUUAUGGACGUCCUAUGCGCAAUAUCUUAAUAAACUCGGUUCAUAAAAGCGCGACUUUUAGUCCUUUCGCUGCUCGAGGAAGUGCAGCACUCGCCGUUCCGUAAAUGCUAGUUUCGUGUCGUUGCCUCGACCUGUAAUUACGCAAGUGUAAACACUAUUGCAGGAAAGGAACAAUGUGAUACAAGAAUAGCGAUAAUCUUACUUGAAGGGGACAGGAGGAUAACGUGUGACCAAAUACCAUCCGACAGAGUUAUUAUUUUUCUUACGAAAAUUUAAACAAGCUAGUAUAAUUGUGUGUUGUUUCAUGUUAAAGAUAUACCAUAACUGUGUGUGAAAAUAUAACUUAUAUAUAUAUACCAGAAGAAAGAUAAUCAAAUAUAAAAUAACAGGUGUGUGUAUCUACUAACGAUUCAUGUUACGAGUAUCAAAAAAGUGUGAAUGACUGCCAUAUGAUUGCAUUGGAAAGUGUUACGUAUACCAUGAUAUAAAGGCAAAGGAACAUGUUUCAAGGCCAGAGCCAUUGAAGUCAUACCAUUCUGUAAUCUCAAGAUCUCAUGACCUCCGGUGACCGAGUCAUGCUAUCGUGGUAAUCGUAAAGUUUUGCAUAGCGUAAUAUAUUUCGUGUAAACAGAAUAAUAUGGUUGUCUAUUUGAAUUAGGAUUGAGAUUACAAAUGUGAUAAUUUAAUGAACGAAAAAUACCUAAUACCCUUUAUCGGAUGUUUCCUCUUGCGGAAAGAUAAAAAGAGUCAUUAAAGAAGGUAUCAAACAAAUUUGAGCAUAAUGGGGAAUACAAGAUCGCAACCUUGCCGACGCAAUAAACCACUCUAUUUGCUAUACCUUAUUCAUCGAACUUGGUCUAUGGUCGCUGAUCAUCGAAAAACUCCAAGCCAUUGCGAUGAUAUCGAUCGAGAAACAGAAUUAUCGUCAAGAUGCAGCGGUUGCAACGAUUGUGCUUAUCGACAGGACAGCCUCGCAUUCGAUAGCGAGUCGGACAUGGCGCCAAAUGCAGAGGAAGAGUUGCUUGUGGUGAAGCCCUGGGGACCGCAAACAGAAAAGGAACCUGGGUUGAGACCACCAACGUACAACGCCGAAGAUUAUGCGAUCGCAUUGAGACGAUGGGGAAGACGACCUUUGAGCACUAUUCAGGAUUCACAAGAUACCUUGCCUUCUACCACCAGCUCAAGUUCCGGCUAUAUUUCCGGAAGUGCAGGCGAAAUGACGCUAAGACAAUUUACAUCCGUUAGCGAACUGUUAAACAAACUUAGAGCUGAUCUUAGGCUUGCAUUUCCAAGUUUCGUUCAAGAAUUUGCCUCGCCACCGGCAGAUGGGAUAACUUUGUUAUUGGAGACUCUCCGUGGAGUACAGCUGGCUCAAAGUUCACCGCCAACAUCCGGACAGGUCGGGCCAAGGGUCGGUACCAGAAGGGCUGCUUUAGAUGAGUUGGGAUGCGUGGAGUGUUUGGCCGCCUGCGGUGAAAGAUGCGCUGAUGCACCGCGGCUACUGGUGCAAGCUCAACCUGGACUUCUUGCUCUGGCGGUCUGUCUGACGAGCAGUCUGAACCGGUCUCGAGUUCUGGCUCUUCAGUUGCUGACGAAGGUAUGUCAGACUGCAGGUGGACACGCCGCAGUUUCCGAAGCUGUUUCCACGUUGAGGCUAAAAUACGGCGAAGGUGGAAGGUUCAGAUUUUUGGCUGGCGCACUUCUAGCUCCCAGAGCUGCCAUCGCUCUGAGAGUGGCAGGAGUAUCCUUCUUAAAUGCCUUUUUAAAAUCAGCACCUCGUACGCAAACGAGAUUAUACAUUCAGGCGGAGGCCUGCGAAGCUGGACUAGAGCCGCAGGUACUCCAAGAAUGGUUGAGAGAAUCCGACGGUCGAGAGGAAGAUACAUUGACUGAUCUUUUACGAAAGGAAGUCCAAAAAUGGGCACAAAAUUGUGUCGAUGUGGAUGCCCUUCAACGAAGGGUUCUACGUGCCGAAGAGACUUGUAGAAUUUUAAGCAAGAAGGUCUCUGCUUUACAAAAUCAACUCGAGAAAUUACAAGUAGAAAAGCUCAACAAUUACAAUGCUGAGAAUCGUGAUAAUAUGUCUAGCGGAACGAUUCUAGGAAUUAAUAAGACGCAAAAGGUAUCGUCGAAUGCGGAAGACGAAGGUAUCAGUUCAUCAGAAAGAUCGAGCAGUCCAGAAGACAUAAAGCAUCAAUCUCAGAACGAUCACCAGAAGAUCACGGCAAUUCAAGACAACGAUCAGGAAACGACGAUUGAUGACGUUAUUGAGGAACUUAGGAUCAUCGUGAAGGAUGCCGAGGAAGAAUUCAGCGACAAGAAUCAAGAAAGAUCUACAGAAUUAGAUUCGAACGAUCCUGCUUUCGUAAAAAAUUCUCUCUUCAGACCAAAUUCAAAACUUUCUUAUGAUAAUUCGGAAGUCUGUUUGUACGAGCAAGUCACAAAACGAGAACAACAAAUUGAACGGAAGAUAUUCAAUUCUAAUACUGCUUCGAAUAAUGUCUUGCAAAAUUGUCAGGAGAAAGGUGAACAAGUGACUUAUUUUGGUAACGAUCGUGAUUACAGCGAUAAUUCGAGUGUCACUAGAAGACUAAGCUCGGAUGGAUCACGAAGGAUCUCGAAAUCUUCGUUGGAGGGUAGCGUCAAGAUAGUCGUCAAGGGACCGGAUGUCGAGGAUGCUAUAGUUCCGACCAUUCUUCAUCCGCAACCACCGCGAAGAACACCACCGUGUUUAUCGGCACUAAUGGCGGUGAGACACUGUAAUUUUGCCGAUCACAAUGAACCUUACAACUCUCACGACGAGGAACUCGAGGAGGAAACUUUAGGCGACGGCAGUGAUUCUUUGUUAAGUGCUUCUAGAUUGAAGUACAACGAGAAAAAUCAAUCCUAUGAGGAACACAUCAGAGAGACCGCUGUCGUUGAACAUUUUCAAAAGAGAUCUACGACUGGUAUGUUGUCUAACAACAUUGCCGAUAAGAGUGGCAAAUUCAGGAAAAGUUUCGAUGAUCUUCAUCAUUUUGGAAAUAAUAAAAAUAAUUUAGAAGGAAAAACCAUAAGAAAUUAUGAACCUUCUAUUUCAUCUAAAGCACGAGUGCAAGCUGAAAGUGGAUCGAUUAAACAGGUAGACGCGUAUAGACAAUAUGAAACGUCUUCUAAAGUAUUGGAUUUCUCAAAGCAUCAAACGGAUCGUCAAUCUUCCGUUCAUCGACAUGGUUCUAAGUAUAAGAGUGAGGUAGAAAAGAGGAAGCUUUUACGACGAUCAACCAGUCAUGAUUAUCUGGAUUCGAAUACGUCGACGCCUCGUUCGAGAAGAUCGACAGGAAGUCGAGUGGAAUGUCGUAUCAGAAAAUUCGAAAGCUUAAACUCGUUCGAUGAACAUCGUAGCCUUCAGAAUUACGGAGGACCUGGGAGUACGGAUAAUCUGAACAAGGAACAUCGUUCAAUCACAGAAGAUUUCUCCAAGUCCAAAAUGCGAAGAUCUGAAUCCUUUCAUCACGUAUCCCAUAUCGCUAGAAAAGAUCAAUGCUCUUCGAGAGGCGGAAGCGACAGUGGUUUGAUUUAUAUUACGGAUUAUAAUCUCGAUCCACUCGUAACUCGAAGACCACGUUCUAUAGAAGCACCCAAGUCACCCAACUUGCUUACAAAAUCGUUGGAUAGAAUCGACGAAGGCUUAGAUUCAAUGGUUAAUAUCGUUAUAACGGAAGAGAAGAACGAAUGGAAUGCAAAUAGACAUCAACCGAAGUCGAAUAACAUUCGCAAUGAUAAACAAUCGAUAAAAGUUAAAUCCAACAAAUUGGAUAAUUCGAAAAGUAAUUAUGCGGAUCGUGAAAAGCAAAAAGCUAGAAGAGAGGAAUCAAUGGUAAGAAACAAGCAUUUAUUAAAUGAUGAAUUUUAUAAUUGUCAUAUAAAUAAUAAACAAUUAAAGAAUGAUGAAUUGUAUGAAGAACAGAAAAAUCGCCAAUGGAAUUAUCAUAAGGAAUUAGAAUUAGCAAGGAGGGAUACUGAAAUUAAUUGUGAAACUACACCCAUGGGAUUAUCAAAAACCGAAUCCAAACAUAAUUCAUUUGGGCAAAACAAAUCUAUCGUCAAUAGGUUUUCUAAUAAAUCAAAUGAUUCUGGUAUUUUCGCUGGGCGAACCUAUGACACUUUUGGACUUGGCAAAAAUCGAUUCAAUGCAGGAAAGUAUUCGGGUGAUCAACGCGUUAAAGAUAAUCCAUUGGCAAGACGAAAUACAACUUCAUCCGUAAUUGGUAAACGUGGUAAGGUUACUGAUGUUGUUUCAGGUCUAUAUUGAAACCAUAAGAUCGAUAUUUUCAUCAAAUUUUUUCAAAUUUAAGUAUCGCUGAGAAAAUAUUGUUUAAUCGACAAAAAGAGACUAAUAUAUUUUUUAUACUACUUAUUAUUAAAAUUUGUAAUGAACUUAACAAAUCCUUGUGCAAUAUUUACAAAUGUUCGCGCGCACGCGCACACACAUACACACACACACACACACAGUAUCGCUUAGAAAUUAAUUUAUUUUUAUAAGCAUUACAAAAUUAUGUGCAUUCACAUAAGAUGAUUAUGGCGGUGAUGGAGGGAUCUCUUAAAUGCAUUGUGCAAUAUUUUCUUCUCAUUGCAAUCGCGUGUGCGGGCAGUCAUGAUAUAAUUACAACAAAGGCUGUAUCUUAUGCAUAUUUAAGCAAAAAUGUAAAUAACAGCUUGUGAGAAAAUAUAAUAUUUGAACAUCUCAUUUCUAUAACUAAACGAGUUUCGAGAAUUAUAUAGAAUUCCGCGAAAUUAUUAAAUAGAAUGGCCAAUAAUUUCGUUAAUAUGCUACUGUAACUUUGCUUUUAAUUUAUUAAAUUUGCAUUAUUUAAUGUAAAGAGGAUAAAUCUCAUAAUUAUUUGCAAUUAAUGAAAGAAUAACAUUAUAACUAUAAUAUCAAACACUCUCACGAUUUGUAUAUUCUAUAAUACUUUCUAUACAUGUAAGUUGACUUAUUUAAUAUACAUUUAUUUGAACGUUAUAGUGUUCUAUUAAGUUUCGUACAAAUCAUAAAUAAGAAGGAGCGGGGCUGUAAUUACUUUAAUAACAACAUAAUAUAUUUCGAUACAUUACAAUUGAUCAGUCAAAUAAUAGGUAAGUAAAAGGGAGAUAUUAAAUAAAUCAUCUUGCAUUUAAUUGU